AUGAACCUAGCCUCAAUUCCAUGGGGAUCCGUGAUCCGCGGCAUCCUAGGCCUUGUGCUUCUGUGGCAGGCCACCCGGCUGCUACACUGGUUGUGGUGGUGCCUGCGGCGGUUGGGGCGGGCGCUGCAUGCACAGGGGCUCAGAGGAACUCCGUAUCGCUUCCUCACCGGCGACAUUAUUAAGGCCAACCGACGAAACAGGGGGGCACGGUCAAAGCCCAUGUUGCUGGGUUGCCACGACAUUAGUCCUCAUGUCGCUUCGUUCCUCCAUGACGUCCUACGGAAGCAUGGCAAGAUGUGUGUGUCGUGGCUUGGCCCGACUCCGAAGGUAACCAUUGUAGACCCUAGCCUAGGCAAGGAGGUGAUGUCCAACAAGUUUGGCCAUUUCGAGAAGCUCAGGUUCCCGGCGCUGUCGAUGUUGCUUGCCAAAGGUGUGGCGGACUACGAGGGCGAGAAAUGGGCCAAGCAUAGGAGGAUCCUCAACCCCGCAUUUCAUCUCGAGAAGCUCAAGGUGCGUACGUGUAAUUUUGUCACAUAA